UAUAAAACACAAUAUUGAUUAUAAAACCAAUCAAUUAUACAUAACUAAGUAAUUAUAACACAAUGUUUAAAUGUUGUACAUUAGUUAUAUAUAUACCAAUAAAAUCAUCACUCAUAAUAAUAAUUAUUGUAGCUGUCCUGCAAUUCCAGGCAUUAAAUCAUCACUGAUAAUAAUAAUUCUACAUUCUAAUCACUUAUUCAAACAACCAAACCAAACCGCACAGUCCUGCAGCCAACCAGACUCGCGAUCCGACCAGCAACUAGACCCGCGACCCGACCAGCAACCAGACGCGCGAUUCCUCGAUCCUUCUUCCUCCUCCUUCCUCGAUCGCGGUUCCUGCUCGGCGCGACGGUUCCAUCUUACUCCUCCGAAAACCAUAGACCGGCAGACGAUUGAACCGGUGGGGCGGAGCCGUCUUCCUCCUCCUCCUUCCUCGAUCGCGAUUCCUGCUCGGCGCGACGGUUCCUUCUUCCUCCCAAUAGUAGUAGAGACGGCCGGCGUGGCGGGAUUCUGGCGGCGGAGACGGAGACGGGGCGGAGCAGCCGCGCAAUUUUCGUCAGCUGCCGGUCAAUUAAAUGAGCAGGAUUUUAGGGAUUAGGGCGGCGCCGAUGGUUUGGGAUUAGGGCGGCGAAUGGCUAAUAUGUUCAUCGUUCUCCCUAGAUGAACAUCGCCCAGCUCCUCCGUCGCAGCCAAGCCGCCGUUCUUCCUAGAAUUCCGAGUCCAGGAAAGGAUUGGAGGGAGAACGGCGGCGGCGGCGCUCAUCCAGGAAAGGGUUGGAGGGAGGGGGCUUCCUGCGACGGGAGGGCGAACGGCGGCGGCGGCGCUCAUAAAUGGCGAACGACGGCGGCGAGACAGAUUAGGGGAUUAGGGCUUCGAUUGAAAAUGGUUGGAGGGGUAAUUUUGUCUGUUCAGUUUAUUUAGGGCUGAAACUUUAAAAACUUAGGGCUGCAAAUAGGAAUCCAGGAUUGAUAUGGUUGUAUCACAAUUUUAAUGUGUUUAUUAUUAUUUUAUUAUUUAUGCCGAUUAAUAAUUUAAGAUACCGAUAUGGCGAGAAGUUAAUGAAUCAAAUCAUUUGGUUGGACCGCUUGCUUCACGUAUUUAUGGCUGCAUCACUAUUUUUAUUGUAUUUGUUACAAAGAAAAAAUUAUUGUUGUGUCUAUAUGAUUCAAUUAUAUAAUGUAAAUUGUUGUGCUUGUUCGGUAGAUUGACAAAAUUGAUCACUAAUACCUUGAAUGUUGAAAAUUUUGUUGGUGUUUGAGGUGGUUUGGCUGGAACAGUUUUUUUUAAGAUUGUGCAUGUGUAUCAUUUCUCAUCGAGCAUUUUUGUACGUACCUCCUCAUAAGGUAAUUUUAAUGUGGCUUAUUUUCUCUCUAUUGUAAUAAAUUUCAUAACCAAUUUUGUUCAAUGAAUUUACAAUUGAUCGAAUUGUAUAAUCGUCAAUUACCAACAUCGGUAAACGCAUUUUAUACAAAUAUGAAAUGAAACCACAACCAACAUCGGUAAACGCAUUUUAAUAUUAAUUUUGUUUACUCGAAUUACUGAAACUGGUCACAUUUAGUCACUCUCCUGUAGCCUCUGUCCUACUCCGGUCACUCUAAUUAUUCAAGCAUGUCACAUUUAGUCACUCGAAUUACUGAAACUGGUCACAUUUAGUCACUCUCCCGUUAGUUUCCGUCAAUUUUGGUCACUCGAAUUAUUGAAACUGGUCACAUUUAGUCACUUACCCGCGGAAACUAACGGGAGAGUGACUAAAUGUGACCAUUUCAGUAAUUCGAGUGACCAAAACUGACGGAAACUAACGGGAGAGUGACUAAAUGUGACCAUUUCAGUAAUUCGAGUGACCAAAAUUGAUAUUAAAUUUUUCUAGUAACUAAACAUGACACGAUUUUAUAAUCGCAGUGAUCAAAUGUGGCAUUUAUCUCUUUUUGUUUUCUACAUCCUUUGAUUGAUACUUGACCCGCCCAGCGCCCACUACAGUUUUCUGUUCUUUUGUUUUUUUUUUUUCGGGUUUCACCGCCGGCCACCUCAGUACCCAUGGUUUUACCUCUUUCUUUCUUUAUGUCUGUUUGCGACGGUGACGGCGGUGGAGUCAUGUUGUUUCAACCACCGAGUCCCCACCGCCGGGGAUUUGUCGCUAUUGAUAAGGGUGGUUGAAGAUCUGACGAUCCAAACAACUGUCUCAUGUCUAAUAAUCGUUGGCACGAGAAGCUGAUGAUAUGACUAGCUAGCUCCCAUCCGACUGACAUAACACUUUCCAUGCAUAUCCUUCUACUUAAUUUUCUUCUAUCUCUGUCUAAUUAUCAAUCUUCAUUGAUCAUCAAACUUAAUUAUCUCGAUCUUGGGCUUUCUCUUCUUCAAGAAAAAGGAUAUGGAUGAAAUUAAAAGUUAAAACGUGUUGUUUUCAUCAAGUUGUGAAUAUCUAUACAAGGUCGAGCUUAUAUAGGCUCGAGCUUUGCAAACCCUAUUGCAACUUAAUCACAAUGAAGCUACCAACAAACCGGGGCUAACUUAUUCCACUAACUACAAUAAACAUCCCAUGAGAACAAGACACUUCGCAAUGUGCCACGAUGACGAGAGGAAUAAACGAAUAAGUGGGACGACGUCAGCGACUUCGUGCAUGGCUUUAUUUUCAAACAACGACAAAAGAAUCCCGACUGAUCUAGGUUAGAUUGCGAUGUGUCACGAUGACGAGCGGAAUAAACGAAUAAGUGGGGCGGCGUCAGCGACUUCGUGUGCAGGGCUUUUUUUUCAAACAAUGACACUUUGAAUAAACGAAUAACCUUGCCAAAAUAUAUAUAAGGCUCGGAACCACCCAAAUAAACACUUUGUUAUGGUCAUACAAGGGCCCCGCCCAUCAUGGCUUGGCAACGUAUACUGGAAGGAAAAGACCUCCUAAUAAAAGGACUACAUACGC